AUGAAUGAACAUUUGUAUAGUCUUUUUAUCUUUAACGGAAAUGAAGAAGUGGGGAGAAUGCAAAUUACAAAAAAGCAAUUUAUUUAUGGAAGAAAUGAAGUUGAGUUUCUAAGAAAAUAUAUUUGGAUAAGUAGACAACACUUUCAAAUAGAAAUUAAAGGAGAAAAUGAGAAAAAAGAAUAUGUAUUAACAGUAAAAACAAAUGUAAUUACAUUUCAUAAUAAUAAACAAAUAAAAAGAGAUACAGAAAUAUUCAUCAAUUCAUUAGAUGUUAUUUCCAUUCCAAUUCCAAAAGCAUCAAUGAGACAAAACAUUAUUUUUAUUUCAAAAGAAUUUGAAGAAAAAGAAAUGGGUUGUUGUUUUUAUACAAAAUAUCAAAUUAUAAAAUUUAUUGGAAGUGGUUCUUUUGGAAAAGUAUUUCAAAUCAAAAGAAUGAAUAAUAAUAAAAUACUUGCAGUAAAAAUAAUUGAUAUAACUCAGAAAAAGAAAUCUGAAACUGCACAGCGAGAGAGUGAAGUACUUGAUAAAAUUCAUCACCAAAACAUUAUAGAAAAAUAUGAGACAAUACAGUCACAAAGAUUUAUGUAUAUUGUUAUGGAAUAUGUUGAAGGAUUAACUCUAGCACAAUACCUUCAAUUAAAACAACAGACUUUUAAUGAAAAUGAAAUUAAAAUAAUUACUAAACAAUUAUUUAAUGCUGUUAAUUAUCUUCAUUCCAAUAAAAUAAUUCAUAGAGACUUAAAACUUGAAAAUGUAAUGAUUCGUGGUAAGACUAAUGAAGAAUUUAAUAAACUUAAUAUUGUUGUAAUGGAUUUUGGAUUAGGAAAAAUACUAGAAACAAAAGAUUAUACUCUAACUAAGUGUGGAACAAGUAAUUACACUUCUCCACAAAUACUUCAAAGUGGACCUUACGAUGGAUUUAAAACAGAUAUUUGGUGUUGUGGAGUAAUGUUAUUUUAUAUGUCUACUGGGAUGUUUCCUUUUAAUCAAGAAGGAGUAAAUUCAUCAUUAAUGCUGAGGAUUAAUAUUAGAAAUGGAAAAAUUUGUCAUCAAAAAGAAUUUAAUAUGAUUUCUUUAGAAUUACAGGACCUUAUUAAGAAUAUGUUAAUAGUAGAUGAACAAAAAAGAUUUACAAUUCAACAGUGUUUAAAUCAUGAAUUUAUUUCUCUCAAACAUCAAAAAAUUUAA